GUUACAGUAACGGGGCGGGGCGCGAGCACAACAGCUACGCACUUGCAGGAGCAUCAUAACAGAGAUAUUAUGAGAAAUAGUGCCGCAGCGGUUUAGUUUAGCGAUAUUAAUUUCAGUUCGCGUGCAGUAAUUUGUCGCGUUAAUAAUCUUUAGAAAGUCCGUGUCAUAGCUAUAAGUUUAAUACAUUUCGUCGUUUCUCAAGCUAAUUUUCAUCCACACCCGGUCCUUUUUGCUAGGCAUACAUGCUAAUAUUAGCUAGCUAACUGGCCCAUAACUUAUAACAACAAACGCUAACAUUAGCCUCUGCAACAAAGACCCUCUUUGUUGGCAGACGUCUGGCAGAAUGGCCUUAUCGGAGACAGAUAAUGGGUGUUCCGGUGGUGAAGGAGGAGAGUCGGACGCUAUUGUAAAAACGUUUGUGUUGGGGGGCUUCAGUGAGAGCGGCGAGACCAGAGCUCUCAUCUCCAGCCUGCCGGAGGUCCACGGGGACAUGGUGACAUGCGAGUCCACCACACAGAAGUUCUUGGUGAUAAUGAACAGAUAUCAAGAGCAGCCUCAUCUGCUGGACCCACACUUAGAAUUUAUGUUGAACAUGAUACUGGAGUUUGUAAGGAGUGAGAAGUCUCCCCCUUCAUUGGUUCAUUUGGGCUUCAAGUUUCUCUACAUCAUCUGCAAGGUCAGAGGCUAUAAAAUCUUCAUGCAGCUUCUUCCUCAUGAGGUGGCAGAUGUCCAGCCAGUUCUGGACCUGCUGUCCAGACAGGAUCCCAAAGACUCUGAGACUUGGGAAACUCGCUACAUGUUGUUGUUGUGGUUGUCCAUGACCUGCCUCAUACCCUUUGACCUAUAUCGUCUGGAUGGCCAUCUGGAGUCAGACGGCGGCAAGGCCAGAGAGUCCACCAUGGACCGCAUUCUAGCUAUUGCAAAGUCUUAUCUACUCGUCAGUGAUACUCCCAGGGAUGCUGCAUCUGUACUGAUAUCAAAGUUCAUGACACGCCCUGAUGUGAUACAGAAGCGCCUUGGAGACUUUUUGGACUGGAGCCUCACCACUAUAUCUCAGACUGAUGACCAGUCAAUGAGAGACAUUAUGGUGCUUGAUGGCGCUCUGCAGUCUCUGGCGAAGCUUUUCAAACAUGGAAAACGAGAUGACCUCCUACAGUAUGCUCCCACAAUUAUGCAGUGUUUGGAGCAGAAACAUCUAUCAGAGAGCAGCCAGGCCAUGCUGAGGAAGCUUGGUGUCAAACUAAUCCAGAGACUUGGCCUCACCUUCCUGAAGCCACGUUUGGCCGCUUGGAGGUACCAGAGAGGUAGCCGUUCCCUAGCAGCAAACCUUUCCAUGUCCCAGUCUACUACAGUCGCUGCCGCUGAGACUCCUGAAGUGGAGACACAAGAACAGGAGGAGGACUAUGACAUUCCUGAGGAAGUGGAGACCGUUAUUGAGCAUCUCCUAGUGGGACUGAAAGAUAAGGAGACAAUUGUGCGCUGGUCUGCAGCAAAGGGCAUUGGGAGAGUGACUGGGAGGCUUCCCAAGGAGCUGGCAGAUGAGGUGGUUGGAUCAGUGCUGGACUGCUUCAGCUUCCAGGAAACAGACAAUGCUUGGCAUGGAGGCUGCCUGGCACUGGCAGAACUUGGUAGGAGGGGCCUGCUGCUACCUUCCAGAUUGACUGAUGUUGUGCCACUCAUUAUCAAAUCCCUGACCUACGAGGAAAAGAGGGGAGCAUGCAGCGUUGGUUCCAAUGUGCGUGACGCUGCCUGCUAUGUGUGCUGGUCUUUCGCCAGGGCUUAUGAACCCCAGGAGCUCAAGCCUUUUGUCACUCCGAUUGCCAGUGCUUUGCUGAUCACAACUGUGUUUGACCGAAAUGUCAACUGCCGAAGAGCUGCCUCUGCUGCCUUCCAGGAGAAUGUCGGCAGACAGGGGACAUUUCCUCAUGGUAUUGACAUCGUAACUGCAGCAGACUACUAUGCUGUUGGGAAUCUCAGCAACUGCUAUCUGAACAUUAGUGUCUAUAUAGCUAGUUUCCCAGAGUACACCAAGGCCAUGAUAGAUCAUUUGAUAGCCAUGAAGAUCAACCACUGGGAUGGUGUUAUCCGAGAGCUUUCCACUAAAGCACUCCACAACCUGACGCCUCAAGCACCUGAUUAUAUGGCAACCACAGUUUUGCCACAGCUGUUGCCCAUGGCAGUGGGUAUUGACCUCCAUGGUCGCCAUGGAGCCAUCCUGGCAUGUGCAGAGAUCACACACGCUCUGUACAAACUGGGCCUUCAGACCAACAGGGCUGUGGUGGACAUAAUUUCUCCAGAAUGUGUGGAUGCAUUAAAAAACAUUCACCAGAGGCUACAUGACAGAAAACAGUACAGGGGUUUUGGUGGAGAGCUAAUGAGGCCAGCAAUGUGCAGUCUUAUAGAAAAGCUGUCCCUGUCCAAAAUGCCUUUCAAGAAUGACCCUGUAAUCACUGGCUGGCAGUGGCUUAUUGACGACACCAUAAAGACUCUUCAUCUUGUUUCUAGUAGUGUGAAGGAUGGCGUUAUGGUUUCAGUGGUGUCGGCCUUGGCCGCCUUGUGCGAGGAGUACUAUCAGACCGAGCCAGACCAAGCUGACUCACAAAUGCAGGAUGUCCUGGUAUCUCAGUAUAUUGAAGGGCUGAAGAGUCCGCAGAUGCUCACUCGUUGUGGAUCUGCCCUCGCCCUCGGCUGUCUGCCAAGAUUUAUGAUCCAUAGCAAACUGAAGCAGAUCCUAGAAGGCCUCCAGCAGAUGUGCAGUGUCAGCCAGAAGGAGGGGAGUUUUACAGAGGCGAGGAGAGAUGCAGUCAGGGCAAUUGCUCAAGUGUGUGUGAAGGCGGGUGUUUGUGCCCAUGGCUCCCCAGACUCCGCUCUGUGCUCGGAGAAUGUAGCAGUGGUGUAUAGUGCUCUGCUCAACAGCAUGAACGACUACACGACAGACAGCAGAGGGGACGUAGGGGCCUGGGUGAGAGAGGCAGCAAUGACUAGUCUGAUGGAUGUGACUAUGCUGGUGGCCAGCAGUGCUCCAGAGAUUCUUUCACCAGACCUGGUGAAGUGUAUGAUGUGCUGCCUGGCCCAGCAGUCAGCAGAGAAGAUUGACCGCUACAGAGCUCACGCUGGCAAAAUCUUCCUGCGCCUCCUCCACAGCACAGAGCCUGCAGUCCCUCACAUUCCCCACAGAGAGGAGCUGUUGAGCAUUUUUCCUGUUGAGACCUCAACCAGUCUGAACUGGAAUGCUCCAUCCCAGGCUUUCCAGUAUAUCACCCAGCUGUUGGGACUGCCUCAGUAUCAGUGCCACACCCUGCUGGGCCUCACUGUGUCUGUGGGAGGGAUCACCGAGUCCACAGUGCAUUUUUCUUCUCAGUCGUUGUUUGACUAUCUGAGGGGGAUCCAGGACAAUAGUGCUGCUCUGGCACAGUUUGGAGAUACGUUGUUGAGCAUCUUCAGAAACAAUCUCCGCAAUGACAGGGUGUCUAUUCCUUUUCUUAAGAUGCUCAAUCAGAUGCUUGCUAACAGCUGCUUUGAAAUCUUCACCACCCAAGAGAAUCAUCAGUUCUGUGUGGACCUUUUGACUCUUUGCAAAGAGUUCAAGAAGGCCAAAGAUAUUUCCAAGCUGCGCGCGUGUGUAGCUGUCUUCUGUGGGCUGAUCCAAUUCCAGGGUGAGGUGAGGAAGAAAGUUUUGUGCCAGCUGCUGAUGCUACUCUGCCAUUCCUUCCCUGUGAUCAGAAAGACCACAGCCAGCCAGAUGUACGAGAUGCUGCUGACCUACGAUGAUGUCAUAGAUCCAGAAGUGUUGGAUGAUGUCAUGACCCUGCUAAGUGAUACUAAUUGGGAGAGUGACCUUGCCACAGUACGGACACACAGGAAUCAGCUUUGUGAUUGGUUGGGAGUCCCGAGGCCACAGGUGGUUACCAAGAGCCCCGUCCAGGUUUCCUGAUCACCUGUGGCUGUGAAAACCCGCUGCAUGUAAGAAUUAAAAAUGGCCUGUGAGUGCUGCUCUUCUAAAGCUGCCCUGUAUCACAUGGUCUGUCCAUCUAUCAGAAAACAACACAUCAAAUGAAUCACAAUCUGACAGUUUUACAUGACAAUAAAUGGACAAAAACUGUUA